AUGGUCUUGCCCGGCUAUAUAGUCGAAGCCGCGACGCGCGAGCCCGACGCCAGCGACCAGGUGGAAACGAUAAGAGACUGGCUUGAAAAUGGCGGAGACAUCAACGACGUCGACGAGGACGGAUGCACCAUCUUGAAUUUGAGCUUAGUAUUUGAUAACCUCGAAACCGUGAAAUUUGCAAUCGCCCACGGCGCCGACGUGAAUAAACCCGGGGACAUGGACGGGGACCAUCCACUAUACACUGCAAUCGGCUCAUCCGAUGAGGAAUUCGGGCUGGAAGCGGCGACCAUGCUCCUGGACGCUGGUGCAAGCAUUGACACACGGACUACGGCUACGAUUGAAGGUGUCUACAUGGCCGGCGAGACGGCUCUCUCCAACGCGAUUGACUGGCUUCGAUACGACAGAAUUGACAUGGCAGAAACAGGACUCGCCUAUGUCUCUCUGCUCCUGCGCCGUGGCGCGAAACUGGACGGCUGCUGGGGCGGGCGGAGCGCCGAGGAGUGUCUGCGACAAAUCGAGGAUCCAAGUGCAUUUCCGGAGUACCACGCCGCAUAUAGUAGCACAAGACCACCGACCGAUGCAACGAAGGAAAAGUUCGUCGCGUGCAAGAAGCUGAUCGCCGACGAGCGGCGCCGGAGAUACAUGCUGCCGCGAAGGGCAUUUCUACGGCUCCGAUCGCUUGCACUCCGCGAACGCGCCGAACCCGACGCCUUGCUCGCCGCCGUCGCGCGUCUGCCCAACGAGAUGGCCUGGCACGUCCUCUCGUUCUGGCCGGCCGAAGCAGACGUCGCGCCGCCCUCGACGCCAUCGACGCGAAGCUAA